GCGGCUGAGACCCCGCCCCCCUGCUCGCCGGGCCGCCGGCGCCUCCAGCGGAAGCCGGAAGCAACAGCAGGUCCUGCUAGCCCCGUGGCUCCGAACUCGGUGGUCUUGGAGGCUCCGCAGAAUGGGGGAGAAGAUGGCGGAAGAGGAGUUCCCCAAUGCAACUCACGAGGGCAUCAAUGUCACCCUGCGCAGCACCCUGGCUGCCACGACGCGGCUGGUGCUGCCGACCGCCGCCAAGCCCAUCCUCCCGGUGCAGACCGGGGAGCAGGCGCAGCAGGAGGAGCAGUCCAGCGGCAUGACCAUCUUCUUCAGCCUGCUCGUCCUAGCUAUCUGCAUCAUACUGGUGCACUUGCUCAUCAGGUACAGACUGCAUUUCCUGCCGGAGAGCGUGGCUGUGGUUUCUCUGGGUAUUCUUAUGGGAGCAGUUAUAAAAAUUAUAGAGUUCAAAAAACUGGCGAAUUGGAAGGAAGAAGAAAUGUUCCGCCCCAACAUGUUUUUCCUCCUCCUGCUCCCGCCUAUCAUCUUUGAGUCUGGCUACUCGCUGCACAAGGGUAACUUCUUUCAAAACAUUGGUUCCAUCACCCUGUUUGCUGUUUUUGGCACGGCCAUCUCUGCUUUUGUAGUAGGUGGAGGAAUUUAUUUUCUGGGCCAGGCUGAUGUAAUCUCUAAGCUCAACAUGACAGACAGCUUCGCGUUUGGCUCCCUGAUAUCUGCAGUCGACCCCGUGGCCACGAUCGCUAUUUUCAACGCGCUGCACGUGGACCCCGUGCUCAACAUGUUGGUCUUUGGAGAGAGCAUCCUCAACGACGCCGUCUCCAUCGUCCUGACCAACACAGCUGAAGGUUUAACAAGGAAAAACAUGUCAGACGUCAGCGGGUGGCAGACCUUCCUGCAGGCCCUCGGCUACUUCCUGAAGAUGUUCUUCGGCUCGGCGGCGCUCGGCACACUGACGGGCCUGAUCUCUGCGCUGGUGCUGAAGCACAUCGACUUGAGGAAGACGCCGUCCCUGGAGUUCGGCAUGAUGAUCAUUUUCGCGUACCUGCCGUAUGGGCUCGCGGAAGGGAUCUCGCUCUCAGGCAUCAUGGCCAUCCUGUUCUCCGGCAUCGUGAUGUCGCACUACACGCACCACAACCUCUCCCCGGUCACCCAGAUCCUCAUGCAGCAAACACUGCGGACUGUGGCCUUCCUGUGCGAGACGUGCGUGUUUGCGUUCCUCGGCCUGUCCAUCUUUAGUUUCCCUCACAAGUUUGAAAUUUCCUUUGUCAUCUGGUGCAUCGUGCUUGUGCUGUUCGGCAGAGCCGUGAACAUCUUCCCCCUCUCCUACCUCCUGAAUUUCUUCCGCGAUCACAAGAUCACCCCGAAGAUGAUGUUCAUCAUGUGGCUCAGUGGCCUGCGGGGGGCCAUCCCCUACGCCCUGAGCCUGCACCUGGACCUGGAGCCCAUGGAGAAGCGGCAGCUCGUGGGCACCACCACCAUCAUCAUCGUGCUCUUCACCAUCCUGCUGCUGGGCGGCAGCACCAUGCCCCUCAUCCGCCUCGUGGACAUCGAGGACGCCCGGGCGCGCCGCCGCAGCAAGAAGGACGUGAACCUCAGCAAGACGGAGAAGAUGGGCAACACCAUCGAGUCGGAGCACUUGUCGGAACUCACCGAGGAGGAGUACGAAGCCCACUACGUGAGGCGGCAGGACCUCAAGGGCUUCAUGUGGCUGGACGCCAAGUACCUGAACCCCUUCUUCACCCGCAGGCUGACGCAGGAGGACCUGCACCACGGGCGCAUCCAGAUGAAGACCCUGACCAACAAGUGGUACGAGGAGGUGCGCCAGGGCCCCUCGGGCUCCGAGGACGACGAGCAGGAGCUGCUGUGACAGCGCCCAGGCUGCGGCAGGGCCAGGCCAGCCCGGGCAGUCGCUGCCCGCAGACGCCCGGCACGGCCCUCGGAGGCGCAUGCAUCGGCAGCCUCACUGGGAUAGAAGGCAGCGGGAGAAGUUGAACUUGGAACUUUCCAGGCCUUUGGAGCCAACUGGCCUCUUGGGAAACGUGUGUCCUCUCCCCACUGAGCCAGGCCAAGUGGCCACGCGUGCAUCGCCACAGCAGCCAGGGGAGCAGGCACCUGCCCGCGGGAGGAAGCGGCCCACUGAGCGCCGGCCGGGACCGCUCAGCAGCGAGGGAGUGCGAGUUUGGGUCCGCGCCCCUCCCCGGCCCCCACCUCGGCCCCGCCCCAAGCCGCAGGCCCUGCCCCUCUGGAAUGGGCGUCGCCCCGGGGCCAGGGUCAGCUGCCGUUUGCCUUGCGUCUUCAAGGAGCCGGGGCCUCUGGCUGGGCCCGGAACCCCGGGCCGCCUCGUGUGCUCCCUGGGCGGCCGCUCCUGCCCUGCACAGGGAGUGAGUGCUCCUCGGGUGCCCGCCCGCCCGUGGAAGCAGGGUGGGGGCGGCCUUUCCGCGGGGCCACCGUGCCCUCGAGGGAGAAGCGAGGUUACAGGCUGAGCCUGCAGCCAGGGCUGUGCUGAACAAAGCAGCGAGGGCCUGGGUGCCUUCCGCCCGCUGGUGCCACUCACCGCCGGGCCCCCGCCAUCCUGGUCCUGUUUGUCCCCACGCAGGAAUCCUGGGGUCUGCAGCGUAGCACACGCGCCCCGGUAGCCUCCAUGGCCAUCGCGGGCCGGGAGCUGCCAGCCGUGUCCUGGUGACAUGCGGGGGCCGCCUGCUCCCCUGCUGCUCCGCCCUUCCCCACGCCGCCCCGCUUUGCCCUCCGUGGGCCCUGGCAGCCUCCACGUGUGGCCCUGGCUCCUGCGGGUGGUCUCCUCCAUCAGGUGCACAUCCUUGGUUCUCCCUAGGGUCCCCGGGUGGAGCAGGUGUGGUGGCAUCUCCGCCCCCCCCUCAGGGGCGUGGCUCUGGGUGGUAGGGAGGAGUCACCUCAGGACUCGGGGCUUCAGGCCCCAGCCCUCAGCCUGCCUUGCCGCUUCCACGCAUGCGAAGUGAACUUGCACUUGGCAGCGCUCAACAGUGACCCGUCUGCUCUCCGCACCCGCAAGCCUUUGCCUGCAGGAUGCUGGCCUCUGCGGCCUCAGGGCGCGGGGACCGCAGGGCGUGCUCAGCCCAGCUCGGAGCUCCUGAGCCAGAGCCCGACGGCGGAAGGGAGCUGCUGUGCAAACCCCACGGCUUGCCAGGAUUUCUCUCCUCUUUCAAGCCUUCACUCCACAGACUGAGCGAUGAAAAGUGACCUUCUCAGUUCAGACGGCCCCUCGUCACUGCUCAGGGCUCGGGCGCCCUGCCUGGGAGGUGCCAAGGCCGCCGGGAUCUCCCGUGAGCCGGCUCCGCCCCCUGCUGGCCGAGUGUGGGCUUAGCCCUGGGAGUCGGCCCUCAGCCAUCUCGCUGGCCUUUAACCAGCAAAAGGCCGAGGAGGUGCCCUUCUGGUGGAAUGUCCCCAACAGCCGCUCCUGGUGGAGUUGAUUUAAGAUGGCUGCCUGGGAAGCCCAGCUCGCUGCUGUCCACUUUUGAGCACACCCCGCCCUCCCACGUGGGGGAGAGUGAGUGCGAGGAGGUGGGAAGACGGCCGGUGAGGCCCCCCCCUUAGGUCUAGGCCACGGCCAGGAGCACGCAGCACAGCCGGGGGCUUCGAGCCAGGUGCAGGCUGUGGCAGCAGUGCCUUGGGGGUGCCGGCCCUUCAGCCAUGCACCGGGAUGUGCCACCCAGGCCUGCGACUAAGACCCCUCUAGACUCAUUUGCGUGCCCUCCGUGGCCGGAGCAGCCUGGGGGGUGGGGUACAGGCAGGGAGGGGCCGGGCUCAGUGGCUCAGCCCUGUCUCUGGUGCUCUGACCUCAAGCAGGGGAGAGCCUGGGCUGGUGUCGCCCACAGGUGUGCGUGCAGGCGCUGCUGCUAGGUGGGCCAGGGCGGCCCCUCUGGGAGCACCUGUGGUGGGCGCCCGGGGCUGCCGCGGCUCUGGCUCUGGCUGAGACGAGCUGCGGCAGCUGCAGUGGGGGUGGGGGGGCUCCCGGCAGUCCUGUGCCGCCCAGGAGGGCUUUAAGAGCAGCCCCCCAGUGCCCUGUGUCUCCCGGAUGAGGGGCUGGGGACCAAGUGGGAAGCAGCCCCAGAGCAGCCAGGUGUUUCAGAACUUGCUGGGGGGGGGGGGGGGCGCGUCCCCGGGAGCGGGGCUUCUCCGGGCUCUGCGCGAGCUUUCUCAGGGCGGAGGGGUGCGAGGGCGGGAUCUGCAAGCCCCAGGCCAGGAGGAGCCACGUGCCAGCUGGGCGGGGCGGGGUGGCCCGCGGCCGCUCCGCGUGCGCCUCCUGCCUCCUGCGAAGCUUGAUUUGUUGAUCGGAAUCGUGCAUUCGUUUUCUGUGUAAAACCGGCGUUUUUAAGGGCUGGCUUUUGGCUUAAGGACUGUUAAGGGGGGGUGGGCUUGCUGUUAAGGCCCCAGCGAGCUUGUGGGGCGCUUGUGGGGCCGCAUGAGCCCGAGCUGUACUUGCUGCUCUUCCUGAUGGGCUCUGGGUUGGGCAGGGCCCAGAGGUGGACGCUACCUCGUCAGUCACGCCACUGGAUCCUCGUUUAGAAAUAAAGGUGGAAGCCGCUGGACGGGA